CGGUGCCUGAAUGCCCAAACGCGGAGGAGGCGGGGUUGGUUGACGUACAAAAUCGGGAUUCAGGUGCAGGCUUCGCUAACCUAGUAGGUACGUGGUACCCGAGAACGUUUCCGCUAAUAACAAGAACUGACUGUGGGGCCAAGCAAACGGAGUGGCUGUGAACUGCGAGGAGUCAGCCACUCAGCUGUUUCCGGUGUCUCGCAUCUGCUGAGCUGCCGUCUGAUUUUCUAAAGCCUUCGGGGGUGUGUGCGUGGCGAGCAACAGCUGUUCAUGCAUGGUGCACGGCGAACGCUGUGAUCAUUAGCCUACCGUAGCUUUGCGUGUAUAUCCUUAUACCUAAAGAAGAAAGAUAUGGCUUGUGCUGAGUAUUCUUUCCACGUGCCAAGUCUCGAGGAGCUUGUUGGAGUUCUGCAGAAGGGGCUAAAGGAUAACUUUGCUGAUGUCCAGGUCUCUGUGGUUGAUUGCCCUGAUUUGACUAAGGAGCCAUUUACCUUUCCUGUAAAAGGCAUCUGUGGGAAAACUAGAAUUGCAGAAGUAGGAGGUGUGCCCUACUUAUUGCCUCUUGUAAAAAAAGAAAAAGUUUAUGAUAUAAAUAAGAUUGCAAAAGAAAUCAAGCUUCCUGGAGCUUUUAUUCUUGGAGCAGGAGCAGGCCCAUUUCAGACUCUUGGGUUCAAUUGUGAGUUUAUGCCAGUUAUUCAAACAGAAAGUGAACACAAACCUCCAGUGAAUGGAAGUUACUUUGCCCGUGUUAACCCUGCAGAUGGAGGGUGCCUACUAGAGAAAUACAGUGAGAAAUAUCAUGAUUUUGGGUGUGCAUUACUGGCUAAUCUUUUUGCCAGUGAGGGUCAACCUGGAAAGGUCAUUGAGGUGAAAGCCAAAAGAAGAACUGGAAAACUUAACUUUGUGACUUGUAUGAGACAGACUCUUGAAAAACAUUAUGGAGAUAAACCUGUAGGGAUGGGAGGUACUUUCAUAAUUCAGAAGGGAAAAGUGAAGACUCACAUAAUGCCCGCAGAAUUUUCUUCCUGCCCAUUGAACUCUGAUGAAGAGGUGAAUAAAUGGUUGCGCUUUUAUGAGAUGAAAGCUCCUUUGGUUUGUCUGCCAGUUUUUGUCUCCAGAGACCCAGGGUUUGAUUUGCGAUUGGAGCACACUCAUUUUUUUAGUCAUCAUGGAGAAGGUGGACACUACCAUUAUGAUACAACCCCAGACACAGUGGAAUAUCUUGGAUACUUCUUGCCUGCAGAGUUUCUGUAUCGCAUUGAUCAACCAAAAGAGACCCAUUCAUUUGGGCGAGAUUAAAUCAAAUGAAAAAGAAAUAAUUAACUAAAGUUAACUAAUUAACUCAAUCGAAUACUACUAUAAAAUCCAAUAGAAAUGAUCUCACUACUUAAAUCCCAUUUUUUGGCCUUUAACUGAAAGGUAUGUUGACAUUUAUACUCUAUUAUUUCGUUAGAGAUUUUUGGAAACAAUGGUACAUAAUGAAAAUGUUCUUCAUUAUUUUUUUUAUUCUUUAAUAACAACAAAAACAUCAGUCUUAUGUUUAUACCUUAAGUAUAAACAUGAUCAGGAAUCAUGUGAUUUAUUCCUACUGUCUACUGGUAAUAACUUACAUUUGUAUAAUAUUAUUAAAUUUUUCAAAUUAGUCUCACAACUCCUAAGUGGAUGUUUCUGGAUAUUAGAAAAAUCAGUGUUGCAAAUGUUGAUAGUUGUUGAAUCUUAGUACUAAAUUUAAAAAAUCCAUUUCAGAAAUCAGAGUAUACUCUUUUUCAUGGAAUAAGGUGAGCAGAGGAAGCAACUUUACCCCUUUUGGUGGGGUUGAACCAUACUCAGAAGUUCGCUGUUUGCCUUUCACAAACAUUGGCAACUAGGUAGCUAGCCAUGAUGCCUCCUUUGUUUGGCUUGGCAAUUAGAAGUAGUUUGUACCUUGUUGGUUUUUUGCCAGAAGGAAAGGGAAAAGAAACAGCAUCAAAAU